AUGUUACAGGCUGGGAUUAUUCGGGACAACAACAGUCCUUUUGCUUCUCCCGUGGUCAUGGUUAAGAAGAAGGAUGGGAGCUGGCGACAAGCUAACUAUUUUUCUAAGCUGGAUUUACGCUCAGGGUAUCAUCAAAUCCGAAUGUGUGAACAAGAUGCUUCAAAACAACCUUUAAAACGCAUGAGGGUCAUUAAGAAAUUGUUGCUUUUUGCUAAGAAAUCCAAGUGUACUUUUGGAGCCACUCAGGUAGAAUACUUGGGACAUGUCAUAUGUCGGGGCACUGUGAGUAUGGACCGAGCUAAGAUUGCAAGUGUUUUGGAUUGGCCCUCUCCACGGUCGGUUAAGGAAUUGAGGGGUUUCCUUGGCUUAUCAGGAUAUUAUCGGAGGUUCAUUCGAGGCUAUGGGUUAAUAGCUAAGCCACUUACCUUGCUGUUAAGACAGAGAGCUUCAUGGCAAUGGACUGCACUCGAACAAGUAGCCUUUGAACAACUCAAGUCAGCAGUUUGUCAAGCUCCGGUAUUGAUAUUACCCGACUUUCAGGACUAG